AUGGCUGCUGGAAUAAUCAAGGGCAAACUGAUUGCUGUGAUCGGCGACGAGGAGACGUGUGUAGGCUUCCUUCUGGGUGGUGUUGGCGAGUUGAAUAAGGCGCGAAAGCCGAACUUUAUGAUUGUCGACAAGACCGUCAGCGUGCAAGACAUCGAGGACUGUUUCAAGGCAUUCUGCACCCGCGACGACAUCGGUAUCAUUCUGAUCAACCAGCACGUGGCGGAUAUGAUCCGCUACACGGUCGACCACUAUACAAAGAACGUGCCGGCCGUUCUCGAAAUCCCGUCUAAGGACCACCCAUAUGACCCGUCCAAGGACUCUGUACUGCGCCGCGCCAAGGGCAUGUUCUCCACCGACGACUUUCGAUAA